GAGAUAAGUCGGAUACGGCACUUUGCAUCUGCGGCAUUUUCCCGGAUCUCGGAAUCGACGGUGUACCUUUUUUCUGAAGAAAAACUGGUUGUUACCGUAUUUUCCCGAUCGAGAAUUUCAUCAUAACCAACAUCUUCAUUACUCCAGCUACUAAAUGGCAGAUAACUGGGCUAGUUUUCCUUCCGGUGAUCCUCCCGCAGAAGGCAAUGCUGAUGCAUCCCAAGGGGCGGUAGGUGGAGCGGUAGGAGGGGCAGCAGGAGGAGGGGGCGGAGAAGAAGACUGGGAUGACUUUGGAGGGUUCGAGGGAGCCACGCCCAUUCCACCGGAGCUGGGUCAGCAGUCACCGGGGCCUGGAGUAGAGGCUAGCCCAUCACCCUGGGCUGCAUUCUCAAUGGGUGCUGCUUGCCAGCCGGAUCUUGUGAUUGCCCAGUCUCGUCAGCCGCAGCCUCAACCGGAUAUUGAUCCUCCUUUUGCUGAUCCCAUACCAAAGGCUCCACCACCCGAAUUAGCAUCUCAGGCAGAGGCAUCUCUUCAGGCCCAGCAACAGGCCCAACAGAACGGUGCAGCAGCUGUAGAAGCCGUCUCAGUUGAGGGCGCCCCAUUCAACGAGCCCUCUCUUGGCCGAGGAGCCAACAGACUGGAUGGCAUCGAUGUUAGUUUAGAUGAUGAUGAGGAGGGUGCAAGGCCCAACGACAUGAUGGCUCCACACGAGAACGGCCGUAUCAGCGAGUCGGAGGCCGCAGCCGCUUUGGAUGGGCCGCACGGAGCCCCGGCUCCAGUGCCCCAGGUGCCGGAGGGCCUGGAUCUCAAUGCUGGAGCCAGGAGGGCGGAGGUGGAGCUGGCGGAGAGGGUGGCCCAGAUGGAGCAGAGUCUGUCGGUGACAGAGAGGGAGACUCUACGUUUGCAAAGGGAUAAAGAAGAGCUCCAAAGGAAGAUCGUAGAGCUAGAACGAGAGGUUGAAGGUCAGAGGUUAGAAUCCGAGCAGCAGCAAUCCAGAUACCAAGAGGUCCAGGCCAGACACGAAAGAGAACUGGAUGAGAUGAGGCAAGCUGGUCACCAAGCUUUGACUGUUAUUGUAGAAGAAUACAAGGAAUUAUGUAAAUGUGCUGUUGCUGAGCAACAGGAAUUGAGUGAAAAACAACUUCAGAUAGCAGUCAGCAAGGAGAUGGAGAAAUGCCAAGAGUUAUUACAAGAACAGCAUCAGAGAUUCACAACUGCUCUUGAAGAAGAGAGAAGUAAAUCAGAAAGAAGAAGCGAAGAAGCCCUCCAGGCUCAAGUAGAAACACAAAGAACACAUAUAGCCGAGUGCUUACAGGAAGAACAAGAGAGGAGUCAAGUGGAAGUCAGUAGAUUAUUAAAGGAUGCCCAGACUGAGAGCCGAACAGCCAUGGAUGCAGCGUUAAGGGAAGAAACAACAAAAUACUCGGGAAUGAUAGAUGAUAGACUGAAUGAAGUAAGACAAAGGAUAGAAGAACAACAGAUAAAGGAAAGAGAGAUGAUAGAAAAGGCUUUGAUGGAAGAAAGACAGAAGAGCAGAGAAGCGUUCCAGAAAUCUUUAGAAGAGGAAAGAUCUCAUCAUCGAGAGUCUGUCAAGCGAGCCGUCGAGCAGGCGAGAGAAGAUUCCAUCCAAUACUGCAAAGAUCAGCAAAAGGCUGACGAUGCUCUGCGGCAGCGGUCGUUUGUCACGAUGGACCUAUUCUUAGAGAGCAUGCGCCAACAACUCCAGAUCCUACGAGAACAAGGAACCGCUGUAAGUCGAAAAAAUAAUCCGUCGUCGUCAUCUUCCUCAUCACAACAGCAAGGCAGUAGUUCGCAAAUUUCAAACAGUAACGGAGCAAACUCUUUAUCAUGAUGAUUAUGGAAAAUAGUUAAUUAUAUUACGAUUUUGGUCACCAAGAAAGGCAGGCGAAGGAUGUGGAAGAACAGUGGGUGAAGGAACGCUUAGAUCAGCUUCUUCAGCUAGUGAUUACUCCAACCGUGUCCUUUCUGAAAAAACCACCCUUCAGAAAGAGAAGAGUCACAAGCCAGCGCUGGAGAGCGUUUCAUCAACGUUUCUGUCCAACAUGUUGUGAGAUCUGACAACUUACCUUGAAUUUGAUUUGCCGAGAAGCACUGUUGCUAUGGUAACCGCAGGAUGAAACAGCACUUGUUGGAUAAAACGUCCAACGAGUUCUUUCAUGAGACUCCCCUGCUUAAAGUAGGUGCAUAUACCAACUGAUCAAGUUCAGUGAAUAAAAUGCCAGGUUUCAAUUUGGCAAUACAAGUGUUUUAUGACAUCAGAAACUGAUUCUACUCAUUCGCUUUGUUGACGUCUGAAUCGAUUUAUUACCAUGGUUCAGCUAGCUUUAUAAGGUAACAAGUUAAUUCUCUUGAACAUACAUGCAUCCUAGCAACGAAAAAAAGGGGGUUUGGGGACUUAUUUGUCUGUAGUGUAGGUUUACUAAAUGAAGAUAUUUAUAUAAUAAAAAACUAAAUUGGUUCAAGUUUUCAUAAGAAGGGGCUAUAUUUUGAGGCCUAAAAAGCCUGGGGCUGUUUCUUCACCCUGCCCACAAUUUUGGAUGUUGAGUGCCCAACAUAGUUUUAAUGUUGGCAUUAAAGGGGAAGUUCACCCUGAAGAAAACUUUGUUGCAAAAAUAGCAGAAAAAAUAGUAAAAAAU